CCUCCACUCCACCCGCACCACCCCCACCCCCCGGGACAUGCAGGGGAGGGGGUCGCAGAAAAGAAGCAGGAAGGGGAGGGGAGGGGGGGGUAAAGGGAAAGGUUUCCCACAGGCACAAGGGCCACGGCCACCGUACACUGCCCACCGAUCCCGAUCACCAGCCAGUCGGGGCGCCAGAGUCAAAGCGGACAGGGACUUUGGGACUUUGGGGCUUUGGGACUUUGGGACAAUGUGGAGGAGGCACACAGGACAGGGCCACCGGAGGGGGUCCGGCCUUGGACAGGGCCCCAGAAAAAAAGAUACUUGGCGCAAACGUAGGUCAGAGAGUACGUACUUACACAUCCGUCCAGCCCAACCCAAUCCAAUCCAGGCCGUGCCUCGUUCCUUCCUUUGCACAUCCACAUUCCCUGUCGAACUGGAACUGGUUCUGGAACUGGCACCACACUUGACAGAGGAGUGAAGAAUGAAGCAAAUAUACGGACUAAUGUGUACGGUAAUGGCUAAUCUCUCUUUUAAUCUUUCGGCCUGCUUCAAUUGUCACGCUCUCCUUCGUCUCUUCCCUCAUCUCGCGGCCAGACUCCCAGAGCUGUCGUUGAGCUAGUCCUCUUCCCAACCCCCAUCCCCAUCCAGUUCUACCUCACCGUUGCUCGUCAUCCACCGUCUAUCAUCACCAUCCCCCAAAACACCCACUCCUGACUUCGUGUUGAAGUAGACCUUCUCGUCCGCCUCCACCGCACUUCGUGUCUGGCCCCCUUGAAAGGCCUCUCUCUUUUCUGUCCUCCCAAUCCUCUGGUGGCUCCAGUCGAGCUGCUGCACGGCCCGCCCUUUCGUGAACACCAAGCUGUCUCGCCUGCCAGGCCAGACACGCCUCCCGUACUUCUUCCUCGAACAGGGCCCCCUCUCCGACCCAGAGGAGCUUCUCUGGACGUGGAGCUCGAUCGAACGGACGACACUUUCCUGACAAAAAGGACCACGCUCGGGCAGAUAUCGAGGGUUGCGUGAGACGGUACGGCUUCUCGCGGUGGGGCACCAAAGCUGUUGAAAAACGUCACCUGGUCACCUGGUGCUGCUGGCUCCCACCUGAUAAUUCAGUUGCUGUCACUGGCCCCAGAAAGUGCAAACCGUGAACAAUCCCUUGGGGAUGUCAGUGGCUACCUCUGACUGGGCAUUGACUCAAAGUGGACAAUAGGAAGUGGUCAAGACAAGGAAGCUCGCUCCGGACGGUCGUGCACUAGUGAGCAGCUCGCCGGAUCUUGUCGACAGCACCCUCGAAUGACCAACCGCCAUCCAUAAGACAACACGAACGGUGGACCCGCCAGAUUUUGACAAUGGUCGAUCGACUCGGAAACUUCUACUACACCACCUAAACCAUCAGACUCCUCGAGCCCUCUAGGCUCGCCCCAAAAACCAAGCGAACGAACGAACGAACCCACCCCAUUUUUACCGACAGCACUUUCUGUGCAUAAUUCCAUGUCUUCUACUUUGACAGCGACUACUUUGAACAACGGCUUCCGUUUCUCCCCUCCUAGAUCCUCGAGCCACCAGAAUCGAACACCACUUUCUUCAAACCGAUUUGCAGGCAAGGCUGCUCAUCGCCACACAGGCAGCCUCAGUGCUCACCCUGGUUACAAGAUGAGUGCCGUCUACCAUGGCCCUCAGGCGGUAGCAUAUGAAAGCCGCUUGCCAGCCCACGAGCAUCAAACGCUGGCCCAUAUCGAGAGAUCACGGCCUUACGCGCAAGAGGUUCACCAUGGGGUAGACAACCACGAUAGACACCCUUCACAGAAUCCGUUCCAGCAGUAUCAACCACAGGUUCCUCCACAGGCACGACACCUGGUCAACUCGGCAUCACAUCCUGGAUCGAGGAUCCCAACUCGACCUUCGACACCGAAUUCAACCCAUUCCAGCCGUCCAGCCUCGGGCACGAAUUCUGCGAAUGGAGAUGUCCAGUCCAUGGUCCUGCACAGCCUGCAAGUCCCUGCUUGCAUAAGUCCAAAGGGGGGAAAUCUGGCAGACUUUGCUGCACAGUUGACUUGUCUUUUCUGGUUCGAGUCGCCCAAGAUAUUAGAAACUGCCGAGACCAUUCGAUCUACACCCAAGGAAACCCCAUUACCACGUCUGGCCAAGACUGCCUUUCCAGCUGAGGCCUUCAAGAAAUGGGUUCAGACGGUCUUGUCCACCACGCAAGUCACGCAAAACGUGAUACUGCUGGCUUUGAUGUUUGUUUACAGGCUCAAGAUGACCAACCCGUCGGUGAGAGGGCGACCUGGGAGUGAGUAUAGGCUGCUUACCGUGGCUUUGAUGCUGGGCAACAAAUUUUUGGACGACAACACGUACACCAACAAAACUUGGGCCGAGGUGUCAGGUAUCUCUGUGCAGGAAAUCCACGUUAUGGAGGUCGAGUUCUUAAGCAACAUGAGAUAUGCUUUGCUUGCGUCAAAAGAGCAGUGGGAGGAGUGGCUCGACAAGCUUGGUGCCUACUUCGAGUUCUGGGCCCGUGUGACCCGGCCGGCGUCCCCUGCUAUGGUACCACCAUCGCCGACGCUAUUCAUUCCGUCACCCACGAUCGGAAAGGGCUACUCUCCUCUGCCGUCUCCUACAAGCUCUCUCCAGGCCACGCAGGCUCUCUACACAUCAAGGUCCCCCAAGUACUCACCUCCUACCCACUCCAACCACAACACGGUCUACCAGCAGCCUCUUUUCGUGUCGAGCAACGGGAACAACGUUUCGCCCCUGGCGAACAGGCCUGAUCUCGGCAACAACAGGAAGAGGUCGUGGGAUGAGGAGGCUGUCGACCCUCCAGCGAAGCGUGCUUACAGGGCACCUCAGCAACAGAUGACAGCCGCCGUGAUGUCAUCUUCGACCCCGAACACGAAACCGCCUCCGGACCCUCGACGUCUACCCAUUCCUAACCUCACACUAAACACCGCACAUCACGCGCCGCCUGUGACUCAAGCCCAGUACCCCUCGGCCGCAUACCCGAUGCAACAGGCGGCCGCCACGCUUUCCUUGCCUCCCCUCGAGCCUGGAAUGCGAGCCAUGUCGACCGUAUAUGCGCCACCGACGACCUCUUGGGCACCUCCCAACAGUGGCUCGUCACAACCGACCAUGCCGUCCGCCCCAGUUCUCACAACGCCGACCUCGCACUACCCCCCGACGUCGAACGCAGCGUAUGGCACACCCACGAAACGACUCAGCCCGAUCAACACUAUUGGGACCGCUAAUUAUAAUGGGUCAUCUCCGAUGCACGAGCAUUUCUCUCACAAUGGUUUCGCGACCCCAAUUUCUCACUCGCCAUCUGUCUACCUGCAGCAGCGCGACAGUCCUUACCGACCAAUCCGGCAUGUCCAUACUCUCCUCAACCCGCCACCGUCUUCCAGCUUGCAGGGCUACCACCUGCCAGCCAUCGCACCGAGCCAGAUGCACUACCAGCCAAUUGGCAGGAGGGACGAUUAUCGAACCGGAAUCGUGCCCGAGUACCGGAAUCAGGCUGUCUAUGCUGGUAACCCACGGAACCAGGGCAUGACGCCUGUGCCGUCCGUGCCUGGCCAGCAACGAUAUCCGAAUCUGGUUAACUAGAAGUACACCGGACCUCGCGAUAUGGGGCAGCUCAGUUAUUGGCCGCCAUGGGCUCCAGGGCCAUCUCCUUAUGGCCCCGUACCUUAUUGAGGCGGUUUGUAAUUUUACAUGAUCACAUCGUGAUCACAUCAUCUCAAGACUCUUCGCAUCCGCAUUCGCAUGGAUUAGGCGUUCAUUUGGAAGGGAAAUAAUGCGCAGCAGCAAAUUUUGCAUCGGAAGCGCAGCGCGUGGGAACAAUCGCGCUCUCCAGCAGCAUAGCAUUUGUGGGCUUUGCGAUCGAUCUUUUGUCCAGAGUUUCACGGCUGAAUCAAAUCAUGAUGGCUCAAUGAAAAAAAAAAAGGAUGAGGAAAACGGAUCGUAUUGCAUUUCGGGACACAAGUCCUCAGUUUUAGAACCUCGACCAGCGGUGAUCGUCUGGCUCGUCGCAUACAGUCUACACCAAGACUGGACACCAAUGAAGUGAAAUAUGACGGCAUUCAGCCAAAAUUGCAAAA